AAGCAGAGGCCCAUGUGACGUCUGACGUUUACAGGCGAGUCCUACUAAAAGGAAUUUGAGGGAAUGAUCCCGCUGCUCACCAAGGGAUCCACGGUGGCUUCCUGACGUCCGCUUAAAGGAAGUCCGAAAGUUUUCUUGCUUACCGAUUGACUUUUUUUUAAAUUUAUCCGGUAGACCGACUCAAGAUGUUCGGCGAACACAACGAGGGACAAGAGGCGAUGAACGUAUACUCUGUAACCCUCAGCGGCCCAGCGCCUUGGGGCUUCAGGCUGCAGGGUGGCAAGGACUUCAGCAUGCCACUCACCGUCUCAAGGCUGACCCCCGGCGGUAAGGCAGCUCAGGCUGGUGUCGGGGUGGGAGACUGGGUGGUGUCCAUCAGUAACACCAAUGCAGAAGACAUGACCCAUGUGGAGGCACAAAACAAGAUCAGAGCAGCAACAGACUCCCUCACCCUCACCCUCAGCAAAGCUUUCAAAGCGGGUGGAGACCAGAAGGACUCACUUGCUCCGGCUUCUGUGCAGCCAAAGUACUCCUUUGCCCCCAGCACAACCAUUAACAAGAUGGCGAGGCCAUUUACAGCAGGUGGUGGUAGUGCCAACUCAGGACCUGCUAUUAAACCUGUGGCCUACUCCCCUAAACUUAACACCCCAACCUCACAGGGCCGUGCCAGUAUGCAGCAGCCACAGAAUGGCCUUGAGCCAACUCCCUCACCUGCCAAGGCCCAGGCAGCAGAUAAACCAGAUGGCUCCAAGACUGCAGCUGCAGCAGCAGGCAGUUCAGGUCCUUCCUCUCGACCACCGUGGGUCACUGACCCUAAUUUUGCCGACCGCUUUCGCCCGGACAAGACCAGCACGGUUGUGACUCAGCACCAGCAGCCGGUAGAGCCGACACCGAUGCAGAACCGCAGCUCCAUCCUGCAGGCAGCGCAGCUGGCACCUGAAGACAGCGGGAGGACCCCGCUAUGUGGCGCCUGCAACAAAAUCAUAAGGGGUCGGUAUCUGGUAGCGCUGGGGAAAUCUUGGCACCCGGAGGAGUUUACGUGUUCACAGUGUAAGGUGGUCCUGGAAGAGGGGGGCUUCUUCGAGGAGAGAGGGUCCGUCUACUGUACCAAGUGCCACGAUAACCGAUAUGCUCCUAACUGCGCAAAGUGCAAAAAGAAGAUCACAGGGGAAAUCAUGCAUGCCCUGAAGAUGACCUACCAUGUUCAGUGUUUCAAGUGUGCAGCCUGCAAGGCUCCAAUCAGGAACCAAGCCUUUUACAUGGAGGAGGGCGAACCCUACUGUGAGAAAGACUAUGAGAAGAUGUUUGGCACCAAAUGCCAUGGCUGUGACUUUAAGAUUGAUGCCGGCGAUCGAUUCCUGGAGGCCUUGGGCUACAGCUGGCAUGAUACGUGCUUCGUCUGUGCUCUCUGUCAAAUCAACCUGGAGGGGAAGACGUUCUACUCGAAGAAGGAUAAGCCCCUGUGCAAAGGCCAUGCCUUCGCUCCAGUGUGAGAGAGCGAGCUUCAUCAUCAGAGGAAGUAACACUUUCUCUCUCUCCCUCCCUCCCUCCUCUUUACCCCCCCAUGGCACAAUCGUACACAUUCUACUUCUCCUCUUUCCAACCACACACAUAGUCACACUCCCUUUCCUUCUAUCCUACAGACUUUGUUUCAAUAUUUGAGGCUCACUUCUAGCUUCACAUGCUGUGCUAAUAGGACACACAUGUUACUGCCUGUAAAACCAGAUGCUGUGUCGUAUAACUGGAAGUAGUCAAGGAAUUGUUUCAUGUCAUCACUAACCUGUUGACUUUUAAGUAUUUUUUUUUUAGAUCAGACAUUAAAAAGUGCCGCUGCGGUUCAUCUAGAUUUAAUUGUAGUUGCUAGACAAGAAUUCUGACGACUAAACUCUACUAAUCCCAUCAUUGUUCAAUCUGAAGUGAGAUUAAGUCGGUAUCUUGCAAGGUGUAGGAGUCAUAUAGUUUUUAAUAAUCUUACAUAUUGCAGUAAUGAUCUGUACUAAGUGUAGGGAAGUGAUGGCCCCAUUCAGGACCCCGACUCACUCACUUACUGCAGUACCUAUUAACGUGAUGGGGAUCCAGUCAAGCACAAAAGGGGUGUCCUAUUUCUGCUUGACCCCUGCACCUCUCCACAGAAGCACUAACUGCUGAAUGUGCUCUGAUUUGCGAGAGCCAAAUGGAGAAGUAAAGUAGGUAAUAACUGUAAUUUUGAGUCAUGUAAUAAUCCUCAAUUGCUCCAAUUUUAAUAGUCACACAUGUGGGUGACAAAAUAGAUUGUUUUAAAUGUUUCAUUCCCUCCCAGUCUUUUGUAAUUAUCAUUUAUUAGACAUUUUAUUGUUAGACAAAAAAAACACCUUAUAGAUGAUUUUUCCCUAAUGUCACUAUGAUAUAGGGAUUAUUCCUUAGAGUACUUUCAAAUCAUGGUUGAAUUUGUAUUUAUAUUGCUUCGGAAUGAGCCUGUAAGUGUUGUUUUUUAUAGCUGUUGGACGUUUAAAAUAAAAUAAUCUAGUAGUGCCGGGCGCUGGAGCAGAACACUGGGCUGAACACAUCUGUAAGAUUUUCUAUUGACUGAUGUUUUGGCUGUCUUUGCUCUCACCAACACCUGCUCCCCAACAAGAGGACAAUGGACAAAUGUUUUUUACUCUGUUUUGUUGUGAGUACAAUAAGUUCUUUUUCUAAAUAUAAAAAUGUUACUUUUUACAAACAACUGUUAUAACAAAGACCCUAGUGAAUCCCUGCAAUGUUCUCUGUAUAAAUAAAUAA